GAAUUUCUGUUUUAUACAGAGCUGCUUUGUGACCUGUUGGAUUCCUAGCAGACGUUUACUUGUCCAAGUCAGUAGUGAAAAUGCAUGUUAAGUCAAUCAUCCUUGAAGGAUUUAAGUCCUAUGCUCAGAGGACUGAAGUCAAUGGUUUUGACCCCCUCUUCAAUGCUAUCACUGGUUUAAAUGGUAGUGGGAAAUCCAACAUACUGGACUCCAUCUGCUUUUUGCUGGGCAUCUCCAACCUAUCUCAGGUUCGGGCUUCUAAUUUACAAGAUUUAGUUUACAAAAAUGGGCAGGCUGGUAUUACCAAAGCCUCAGUGUCAAUCACAUUUGAUAAUUCUGACAAAAAGCAAAGCCCUUUAGGAUUUGAGGUUCAUGAUGAAAUUACAGUAACAAGGCAGGUGGUUAUUGGUGGUAGAAAUAAAUAUUUAAUCAAUGGAGUAAAUGCAAACAAUACCAGAGUACAAGAUCUCUUCUGUUCUGUUGGCCUUAAUGUUAACAACCCUCACUUUCUCAUCAUGCAGGGCCGAAUUACAAAAGUAUUGAAUAUGAAACCUCCAGAGAUUUUGUCCAUGAUAGAAGAAGCAGCUGGAACCAGGAUGUAUGAGUACAAAAAAAUAGCUGCCCAGAAAACUAUAGAAAAAAAAGAGGCUAAGCUGAAAGAAAUUAAGACGAUACUUGAAGAAGAGAUUACUCCAACCAUUCAAAAAUUAAAAGAGGAAAGAUCUUCCUACUUGGAAUACCAAAAAGUAAUGAGGGAAAUAGAACAUUUGAGUCGUUUAUAUAUUGCCUAUCAGUUUUUGCUGGCUGAAGAUACAAAAGAACGCUCAGCUGAGGAGUUAAAAGAAAUGCAAGAUAAAGUUGUAAAGCUUCAAGAAAAAUUGUCUGAGAAUGAUAAAAAAAUAAAAGCACUUAGUCAUGAAAUAGAAGAGUUGGAAAAAGGAAAAGAUAAGGAAAUUGGAGGUAUACUCCGAUCUUUAGAAGAUGCUCUUGCAGAAGCUCAGCGAGUUAAUACUAAAUCUCAAAGUGCCUUUGAUCUCAAGAAGAAAAAUCUGGCAAGUGAAGAGAACAAACGCAAAGAGCUAGAGAAAAAUAUGAUUGAGGAUUCCAAAACUUUAGCAGCAAAGGAAAAAGAGGUUAAAAAGAUAACAGAUGGGCUGAACGCCCUUCAGGAAGCAGGUAACAAAGAUGCUGAAGCUUUGGCUGCUGCACAGCAGCACUUCAAUGCUGUUUCUGCCGGACUGUCUAGCAGUGACGACGGGGCUGAAGCAACUCUUGCUGGUCAAAUGAUGGCCUGUAAAAAUGACAUAAGUAAAGCUCAGACAGAAGCCAAACAGGCUCAGAUGAAGUUGAAACAUGCCCAACAAGAAUUAAAGACUAAACAGGCUGAAGUUAAGAAGAUGGAUAGUGGCUACAGGAAGGAUCAAGAAGCUUUAGAGGCUGUGAAGAAACUUAAAGAAAAACUUGAAGCCGAAAUGAAAAAGCUAAAUUAUGAAGAAAACAAGGAGGAAGGACUUCUGGAAAAGCGCAGGCAGCUAUCUCGUGAUAUCAGUAGACUGAAAGAAACAUAUGAAGCUCUCUUAGCCAGAUUUCCUAAUAUUCAAUUUGCCUACAGGGAUCCAGAGAAGAACUGGAAUAGAAAUUGUGUGAAAGGACUUGUAGCUUCUCUGAUAAGUGUGAAAGAUACUUCUGCAACCACAGCUUUAGAAUUGGUGGCUGGGGAACGGCUCUACAAUGUUAUAGUAGACACAGAGGUUACUGGAAAAAAGUUACUAGAAAAGGGGGAAUUGAAACGUCGAUACACUAUAAUUCCACUCAAUAAAAUUUCAGCCAGAUGUAUUGCUCCAGAAACUCUGAGGGUCGCUCAGAAUCUUGUUGGUCCUAACAAUGUUCACGUGGCUCUUUCCCUGGUUGAAUACAAACCAGAACUUCAGAAAGCAAUGGAAUUUGUCUUUGGAACAACGUUUGUUUGUAAUAAUAUGGAUAAUGCCAAAAAAGUGGCGUUUGAUAAAAGGAUAAUGACUAGAACUGUAACCCUAGGGGGUGAUGUAUUUGAUCCUCAUGGGACAUUGAGUGGAGGUGCUCGAUCCCAGGCAGCUUCUAUUUUAACCAAGUUUCAAGAACUCAAAGAUGUUCAAGAUGAGCUGAGAAUCAAGGAAAAUAAGCUACAGACUCUAGACGAGGAAUUAGCAGGUCUUAAAAACACAGCUGAAAAGUAUCGCCAACUAAAACAGCAAUGGGAGAUGAAAACUGAGGAGGCAGAUUUAUUGCAAACCAAGCUUCAGCAAAGCUCAUAUCAUAAGCAACAAGAAGAAUUAGAUGCUCUUAAAAGAAUCAUUGAGGAAAGUGAGGAGACCUUAAAAAACACCAAAGAAAUUCAAAAAAAAGCAGAAGAAAAGUAUGAAGUAUUGGAGAAUAAAAUGAAAAAUGCAGAGGCUGAAAGGGAGCGAGAACUGAAGGAUGCUCAGGAAAAACUGGAUUUUGCCAAAACGAAAGCAGAUGCUUCCAGUAAGAAAAUGAAAGAAAAGCAACAGGAAGUUGAAGCUAUCACUCUGGAGCUGGAAGAGCUCAAGAGAGAGCACGCAUCCUAUAAGCAACAGCUUGAAGCUGUAAAUGAAGCUAUCAAAUCCUAUGAAGUACAGAUUGAAGUAAUGGCAGCUGAGGUCGCUAAAAAUAAGGAGUCUGUAAAUAAAGCCCAAGAAGAGGUGACCAAGCAAAAAGAAGUGAUAACAGCCCAAGACAAUGUAAUUAAAGCUAAAUAUGGCGAAGUAGCAACACAUAAGGAACAAAACAAUGAUUCUCAGCUUAAAAUUAAGGAACUGGACCACAACAUCAGCAAACAUAAACGGGAAGCUGAAGAUGCUGCUGCAAAGGUCGCCAAAAUGUUGAAAGACUAUGACUGGAUUAAUGCAGAGAAACACCUCUUUGGGCAACCUAAUAGUGCCUAUGAUUUCAAAACCAACAACCCAAAAGAAGCUGGUCAGAGACUUCAGAAGUUGCAAGAAAUGAAAGAGAAACUGGGGAGAAAUGUCAACAUGAGAGCUAUGAAUGUUCUGACAGAAGCUGAAGAGCGGUAUAAUGACUUGAUGAAGAAGAAGAGAAUUGUAGAAAAUGACAAAUCCAAAAUCCUUGCAACUAUAGAAGACCUUGACCAGAAGAAAAACCAAGCCCUAAAUAUUGCUUGGCAAAAGGUGAACAAGGACUUUGGGUCUAUUUUUUCUACUCUUUUGCCUGGUGCUAAUGCUAUGCUUGCACCACCAGAGGGGCAAACUGUAUUGGAUGGUCUGGAGUUUAAGGUUGCUUUAGGAAAUACUUGGAAAGAAAACCUAACCGAACUUAGUGGUGGUCAGAGGUCGUUAGUAGCUUUGUCAUUAAUAUUAUCCAUGCUCCUCUUCAAACCUGCUCCAAUAUAUAUCCUGGAUGAGGUAGAUGCAGCCUUGGACCUUUCUCACACCCAGAAUAUUGGACAGAUGCUGCGUACUCAUUUCACACAUUCUCAGUUCAUUGUGGUGUCACUGAAGGAGGGUAUGUUCAACAAUGCAAAUGUCCUUUUCAAAACCAAGUUUGUGGAUGGUGUUUCUACGGUAGCCAGAUUUACUCAGUGUCAAAAUGGAAAGAUUCCAAAAGAAACCACAUCCAAGGCAAAAGGACCCAAAUGACCACAUCUGGAAGUUAAAAGUACAAAUUUACUCCUUCACCUUGACCUGUUUUUUAAACAAAGAACUUUGGCUUUACUUAUUUAUGUAAAGAUGUAAUGUUUUGUUACCUAACCCAUAUCUUCUCUUCCUUUAUGUAAUCUCUUAUAAAUGAGUAUAGAUUCCUCUCUUCUUAAUUAAUGUAACUGUGGUCCAAUUACUGUGAUUGUGAUUUUAUGCAUGUCCUCAAAUGCUUUUUUCUUACACAGUUCUCAUAUAUAUAUAUAUAUAUUGGGGAGCCUGAGAUACAUGGUUGGUGGUAAAUUCUAAAAAAUCAAAGAAACAGAUGAAAUUAUAGGAUAAAUAUAGCUGAUAGUCAGCUUUUAAUUCGUUUAAUUCCUAAGGUAAUAUUAGUGUGUUUUCUGUUGUUAAGAAAGUCAUUUAGGUAAGGAAGACUUAUAAAGCAAGUAUCUGGACCAACAAUGGGAACACAAAGGACGCUGUUAGGCAUGCAGGAGCUGUUUGUGGUUAGUUCUGUGAAGAUACAAUGCCAGAGCCCUGAUGUAGACUCAG